GCUGCACUUCAUCACAAUGCCUUACAAAGUCGUGUGGGACGAGGCGCACUUCGGCAAGAUGGUCAGCUGGUAUAUCAACAGAACCUUCUUCUUCGACGUUCAUCCUGUGGGAGGCAAGCUCCUCCUGACGCUGUUCGGUUACCUGGGCGGCUACAACGGGACGCACUCCUUCGAGUCUCCUGACAAGCCCUACGACGGCUACGAUGGGAUCAUGGCCAUGCGAGUGGGAUGUGCUUUGAUGGGCGCUGCGCUGGUGCCCCUGGGGUUCCACACCGUAUGGACGCUCACCAGGUCUCUUCCGGCGUCGACCUUCGCUGCCGGCCUCAUCACUUUCGUAAUUCAUUUUGCUGGACCCGCUUCUGCUGUUUUCAUCUUGGCCUCUUUUCAUGGCUUCACCUUCAUGCACGAAGCAGAUGACAGGUCCUUUUCGAAGCAGUGGUGGUUCGCUUACCUUUACACAGGCGCAAUGCUGGGUUGCGUAAUGAGUGUCAAGUUUGUGGGCCUCUUUAUCGUUCUAGUUGUAGGCCUAUACGUUGCCCUCGACCUCUGGCAGAAACUGGGAGAGCUCGACAGGCCUUUGCUAAGCGUGGCAGCACAUUUUUAUGGCUCGUGUGUUGACGCUGAUCUGUUACCCGCUGCAAUCUACGUCGGCGUUUUCUUUAUCCAUGAUCAGCUGCUCUUUAAAAAAAACUCUUCACGCGGCGGACGAAGGCACGUUCAGCCAGGUUUCCAGAUGAGGCUCAAGACGAAUUUUCUGAACAACUUAACUCAGCCCAAAAAGCUGGCUUACGGCAACGUCAUCACCCUCAAGAACACCAAUUUGGCCGGCAUCUACUUACACAGCCACAACUUUACUUACCCUCAACACAAAGUAGGGAAGAAUAAGCAACAACUUACGGGCUUCGGAGCCAAAGACGUCAAUAAUUACUUCAAGGUCCUGUUCCCGAGGAGGACCCCGACCUGGGCGAUACUUUCUACGAUGAAUCUAACUGACCCUGCCCUAGCUGCUAAGAUUAACAGAGCUUUUGAUGAAAAUCCUGAAGCAACCGUCUCUAAUCCUAAUAUCACUAUGUGGCAGCUCUGGUCCGUACACAUCGUCGGGGCAAGCCAGGGAGUACGUGAAAGCGCUCGACUCAAGGGUCAAGUUCGUCUGCAUCCACUGACCUGUGCCCUCACAUGGACUCGCGAGAAGCUGCCUUUGAAGUGGUAUGUAAAGCUCACGGUGUUUCCUCAGGGCUUCAACCAACAGGAGAUAAGUUGUUCCAAGAACGUUAUGGACGAUUAUACCAACUGGAUGGUUGAAAUUAAUAUGAACCCGCAUCUCAAAAACGAGAGCUUUUCCCACCUGGAGAGCGGCUUCUUUUCGAGAAUGAUCGAGACCCACCGAGUCAUGACCUUCAUCAACGGUCGCCUGAAACCGGAGGGCGAGGACCGUUACAACUCGCACCGGCCGUGGAUGUGGCCCUUCUGCCUCAAGUCUCAAGUUUGGUUUGAUGUUGCCUUCCGCAUCGUGCUGCUGGGAAAUCCUAUAAUUUUCUGGAUUAAUCUGGUGUUCCUGAUGGUUGUCCCCGGCCUCAUCAUUGCUCACUACUACCGGCUGAAAUCUCUUAGAGGUGCCAUCUUGUGUACGGUGCAGUGGCAUGGAUCCCAUGCCACUGCACCGUACCAAAGACUUAAUCUUAUGAUUGUUAUAAUGAUCUUUGCCAUAUCUUCGUCCACAUUCACGAAUGGCCUCCUCAUGUUCCCAAUCAGUCCUAACAUUUGUGGACCUUUUCAUUUAUAUGAUCAUAUUGACAAGUAUCCAUUUUUUUAUAUGCCAAGAUUUCAUACAAAUCUGCAACCUUCCUUCUACAGAACGAAAAGAGAGGAUGAUAUUUGCCUGCAAGUGGCUCUUCCUGGCUACCUCUUCCACUACAUCCCCUUUUACACUAUGGACCGCAUUCUUUACUACCAUCACUACUUCCCUGCCCUCCAGUUCUCUUCCAUGCUAACAGCCGUAGUAUUUGGUUAUGUACUUGAAUCACUGGAUACCUGGUUACCUAUAAGGAAAGCACGUCUAGCUUUCCACUGGGCCACUGGAGUUUUCUUUGCCAUUGUCCUCUACAGCUUCCACUUGUACUGUUAUGUCGGAUAUGGACACCCAACUGUCAGUGGCUUCAACCCUGACAAUUCCACUUUCAGAAAUAUUAGAUUCUUUGAUUCUUGGGAAAUUUAGGAACUAAAAGAUACCAUCAUAUAGAUUUAUAUUUAGUUAAAAGCAUAAGCAUUGUUAUAUAGUGAUAUAAGGGCAUUUUGUAAUUGUUUUGUAUGUGGGAUUUUUUUAUUACUUGCGUUGCCAUAUAACUGCCAUCCAAGACUAACUGUGAGUGUAUGAAAUAAAUGUGAUACUAUAUU